AGGCCUAGGCUCAGGUCAAAGCCCAAGUCUGGGGCCGGCGGGGAAACGGCUGCCACAGCAAAAGUGCAUCGCAGAAGGCUAUGGACCCUGCCGAAGCGGUGGUGCAGGAGAAGGCCCUUAAGUUCAUGCCCAGAAUACACAUGCCUAAAGAUGGAUUCCAACUUACAUCUUCUGGAUACCAAGCAUGGCUAAAGCAGUGUUCUAUGCCCCGGUCUCUGUGGCUGGGCUGCUCCAGCCUGGCGGACAGCAUGCCCUCGCUGCGAUGCCUGUAUAACCCAGGGACCGGCGCACUCACAGCUUUCCAGAAUUCCUCUGAAAGAGAAGAUUGUAACAAUGAUGAACCCCCCAGGAAGAUCAUUCCAGAGAAGAAUGCACUCAGGCAGACUUACAACAGCUGUGCCAGACUGUGCAUAAACCAAGAAGCAGUAUGCUUAGGAAGCACUGCUAUGAAGACUGAAAAUUGUGUGGCCAAAACAAAACUUGCCAAUGGCACGUCAAGCAUGAUAGUGCCCAAGCAAAGGAAGCUAUCCGCAAGCUAUGAAAAGGAGAAGGAGCUGUGUAUCAAGUAUUUUGAACAAUGGUCAGAGUCUGACCAAGUGGAAUUUGUGGAACAUCUCAUCUCCCAGAUGUGUCACUAUCAGCACGGCCACAUCAACUCAUACCUCAAACCUAUGCUCCAGAGGGACUUCAUCACAGCACUGCCAGCCCGAGGCCUGGAUCACAUUGCUGAGAAUAUCUUAUCAUACCUGGAUGCCAAGUCGUUGUGUGCUGUUGAGCUGGUGUGUAAGGAGUGGUAUCGGGUGACGUCAGACGGCAUGUUGUGGAAGAAGCUGAUUGAGAGAAUGGUCCGGACAGACUCACUUUGGAGGGGUUUGGCAGAGCGGAGAGGAUGGGGGCAGUAUCUAUUUAAAAACAGGCCACUUGAUGGAAUAUCCCCACCAAACUCCUUCUACAGAGCACUUUACCCCAAAAUUAUACAGGAUAUUGAGACGAUAGAAUCAAACUGGCGGUGCGGAAGGCACAGUUUACAGCGAAUCCACUGCCGGAGUGAAACGAGCAAAGGGGUCUAUUGUUUACAAUAUGAUGAUCAGAAGAUAGUGAGUGGUCUCCGAGACAAUACUAUCAAGAUUUGGGACAAGAAUACACUAGAAUGCAAGCGGAUUCUGACUGGGCACACAGGAUCAGUCCUUUGCCUUCAGUACGAUGAGCGGGUGAUCAUCACUGGAUCAUCAGAUUCCACCGUCAGAGUGUGGGAUGUGAAUACAGGUGAGAUGCUGAACACCCUGAUCCACCACUGUGAAGCAGUACUGCACUUGCGCUUUAAUAACGGCAUGAUGGUGACUUGCUCCAAAGAUCGUUCUAUCGCUGUGUGGGACAUGGCCUCCCCAACAGACAUCACCCUUCGCAGAGUGUUGGUUGGACACAGAGCAGCUGUCAACGUUGUAGACUUUGAUGACAAGUAUAUUGUAUCAGCAUCAGGCGAUAGAACUAUAAAGGUAUGGAACACAAGCACCUGUGAGUUCGUGCGUACAUUAAAUGGCCACAAGCGAGGCAUUGCGUGUCUACAGUAUAGAGAUAGACUUGUAGUGAGUGGUUCAUCAGAUAAUACAAUCAGGUUAUGGGACAUUGAGUGUGGGGCAUGUUUACGGGUCCUAGAAGGCCAUGAAGAGCUGGUGAGAUGCAUACGCUUUGAUAACAAGAGGAUAGUCAGCGGGGCCUACGAUGGGAAAAUCAAAGUGUGGGAUCUGGUGGCUGCCCUGGACCCUCGUGCCCCAGCUGGAACUCUCUGUCUACGCACACUUGUGGAGCAUUCUGGCCGCGUUUUCAGGCUCCAGUUUGAUGAGUUUCAGAUUGUCAGCAGUUCACAUGAUGACACCAUUCUCAUCUGGGACUUCCUGAAUGAUCCAGCUACACAAGCAGAAUCAACCCGCUCCCCCUCCAGAACAUAUACUUACAUCUCCAGAUAAAUAGCACUACACUGUACCUCACACUUACACAGGACUCAUUUAAGCUGCGAUAUUUAAAUUAUCUGCCAAUGCCGGGGCAAAAGAAUUAUCCAUGUAACAGAUACUGCUGAAGAGAGAGGUUCUCAGACAUACUUCUGGAACCAAGUUGGCAUGCGGUUGAUCUCGAUCAAGGUCUUCACAGCACGGCUGACUGCUCAAGUGCUGCUAUAUCAGAAGAUUUAUUUUGUCUUUCCUGAAUGACUGAUGUGCUAAACUUCCCCCUUUGCACUCUUUCCCCUCUCCAAUUCCCCUCUGUUGUCCUGAGUACACAGGUCCUAUAAAUAUAUCUAACAUGUUACCAGGAUUUCUUGCUUUGCUCUUAAGCAGUAAAAUCAUUGCCACCAUUCAUUCUGCUGGAAAAACCGCCUUGUGUUUCAGGUGAAGGGGAACAGCGGGCUGAUGCCUUUGCUUUUUGGGAUUUGUAUAAAAGGCAUCCCUGUUUAGCUGUAGAAUGGCCUGAAACUUUACAAAACGGCCAAAUUAAUGCCAAAUGAAGGCCCUGGUGGCCAGAAACCUGUUGGGAGGAAGUCAUUAUGAAGUCCAAACUUAUUUCAUAGAGACCUUUUGGAAUAAUUCCAUCUGUACAAGGUGUUGGUUUGGUAGAUACCACCAAGUGAAAGCUCUCUUUUGCCAAAGUUUACUGUUGCUUAAGAGGUGAGAGUUACUGGUGAUAUUAAACCCUUGAGAUUGCAAGAAGUGUGUGGAUAAAAUGAGAAACGUUUCUCCAUCAAGGGAGGGGGAGGGGUGUUCUGCAAAAAUGUGGGUUUCUCUGUUGCCCUACAAAGCACUGGGUGCUAAUUGUCCUUCCCUUUUGCCUCUCUCAAGUCCACUAUGUUGCACCAGUACUCCUUAUGCUCAGCAUGAAAGCAGAGCUGGAAACCAUCCUGGAUGGUACCUUCCUCAGCACUGAAUGAAUGACUUGGUAAUUCAGACUUUUCCUGCUUAGCUGUCUAUAUCUGUGUUCAUGGGUUGACGUAUGUGAAUUACUUCUGUAGUCAGUUGCCAGGAUCACUGUGGUGACUCCACAUCUCAACCCACAGACUGCAAGGCAGAUAUACAGGGAAGGGACGGAGGAAAAGCGAGAGACAAGGGGAGCACAACAGGAUGAGCAGCAAACCCAUGGUACUAAGUAACUCUCAUUACUUUAGGGAACACUUUAGAAAAGCUCUGAUUUUCCAGGGGAAAAGUCAGGCCCUUUGUCACCUAGAAUAGGGUUAGGAGUAAUCGACAAAGAUUUGCUUUAUUAUAAGAAAGAAGAGAGCUUUACUUCAAGCUGCUAGGCAGGCAGGUUCUGUCUGUGUCCUGUCAUUAUUCAUUUGGGAGUAGCUGUUGUUCCAGUAGAAUCCACAUUUGGCAAUUGAAACCACAGGCUUGGGAGGCUGGAAAUUGUUGGGUACUUAGAAUAAGUGGGCAGCUGGUCCUGUCCUCAACACUGGUUCGAAAUGCCCCAUCCAGAGAUUUUCAAUCGAUCUAUGAGCCAGGGAUAUAUUAUCACCAAAGGCAUAGAGUCAGGGGCAUUUCUUCUCUGAACAGAAAUAUUACUGCUGAUCUGCUUUUUGUCUAAUUUUUAAGCCUCGAUCACCAUGAUUAGGAAAUUCUGAGCUGCAGGUAGGAAAUUGUUCAGCUCCUCAGUGGGUGGGAAAUUUUGCUGUGGUCAUUUUGCAAUUCCUUGCAUAGCAAGAAUGAAAAAGAGAUGCAGAAUUUUCAGUGUAUUAUUCUCCAUUACGAUCAGUGGCUCUCUCUCUCUUUCUCCUUUAACAUUGCUUAAUCACUAUUCCCUUGAGCCCUGUGCCUACAAAGCUUGCAGCGUUGGCUGUAUAUGUGGAACAAGACUGCCGAUCUGCUACAGCCGGAGCAUCAUCAAGUUAUUCUCUUGCUUUCAACCAGAACUGUGAGACCACAGUGUUUUCCACCCUCAAUGCUACAGACCAUUGAUUAGCAUUUUUUUUUAAUGGUGACUCCGACAUGACUUUUGAUUGGCUGAGUUAUGUGGAGCUGGAGGGUCAGAAAAAAGGCUGUGCCCUGGUCGGGGCAGCUCUUCCUUGGCUGAUGUUGCCCUGCUUUGCUGCUGUUCUCAAACCAUCUAGCACUGAACUUUUAAAAACAAACAUGGUACCCAAAAAUGAAUUAUAGUGCACAGAACACAUUCUUAAGGGAGAAGUAGCAAGAUUUAGCUAUAAAGUAUUUCAAAGGAAAAAGUUGGUAGUGUUUUUUUCCUUCUGAUAGACAAAUAGGCUGCCACAAAGCAAAGGCCUUCCCUCACUACCUGCUUGAGUUGCAUGACCUUGAAGGGAAUUUUGACGUUUACAGCCUUCAUUCUAUUGCAUCUUCAACCAUUUGGGAGAGGUUUGAUGUUCGUCUGAAGAGGUUCUAAAUUUUUGACUAUGCAUGUGGAUGUUUUCUGGAUGAAUAAUUCCCAGUGGGAUCUGAAAUCAAAGCAGAAAAAGGGAAAUUGAAUGGUUGUGAUGGUUCUUUAAAAGGUCUGUGAGCCAGGGUUAGAACCCUAGCAUCUUCCUUUGUAAUGAAAUGCUAACUUGAAGCUGCUGCUUUCGAAAAUCAGCUGUGUUUCUGUCACGCUUUGGAGCAGAGAGCACCGCAAGGAGGUUUUCAGAGGUGGAAGAUCUGUUCACUAGAAGAGAUCCCUGUUACAAGAAGAUAUAUAUCUAGCACCAGGGCAGUUGGCUAAUUUAAAGUAUAUUCAUAGGGUGUGGGUACGCAAAGAGAUGUGUCAUAUAGGAAGUCCCUUCAGGAAUACCUGCUGAGUCACUUUCACUGUACUUAUUUAAGCUUCUAAGCAAGCACGAAGGCGUGAUGUCAAUUACCAGACUUGUAUGUGAAUCUGAAGAUGGAGAUGAGAACCCAUUGCUGCUGAAAAAAAUCCUGUAUGUAACUCUGUAGGGCAAAGUGAGGAGGCAGGAUAUUUCUGUUCCCCUGCCUGCUCCUUUCUUUGAUCUCCCUUAUGUAAUUCUGCCUGUUUGAGCCCAUGUGAGUGGCAGGUACUCUGGCAUCUCUUGACAGGAGGCCCUUUCGGUCUUGGGGGUUUCCUCCCUCCAGGCCAGGCUCAGACAUAUCCAGCAGUUAACAGUGUUAAUAAAGACAGAACUGUGUGCAUAUUAUUUUCUGUUAUUAACCCAUUCGAGAGAGAAGAUAUUCUCUACAAGAUUUGAAGAAUGUUCAAAGGUUUCCAGUAGCUAUCCAGAUUGCAUGUCUCCCAUUUAGUGUAUCCCUCUUUCUCUAAAGGAAGAUCUGGGAAAGUCCCUUAAGUACCUGCACUCCCGUGUCUUCCUAAGCGGCAUGUGUGGUGCAGUGCUGAGUUGUGAUCCAGUUUACAUCCUUACCCUUGGUCAAAUGGUUAAGCAGUUUCCUUUCCUGAUACAGAAGAGAUCUCUAUAACAGCUUUCUACUUCUUUGUUCUCCAGAUUUCACUUCUGGAUGAACCUCUUUCACAUAAAAUAGAUCCUACAUAUCCUACCAAGAGUGAACUUACUGUGGCCUUGGAAGUAAUACUCACUGCGGGUCACUUUGCACAAUUUAAAUGCUGCAUACUUGGAGGUGCAUUUUCUGAAAGCAACGUGCAUCUGUCGUUAGGUCCAUUUUGACUCCCUUCUCAUUUAUAGCUUGGUUUUUGGUAUGAAGCACCAGUGUAGCCUCUUCAUAGGUCUCCCUGAUGGAAGCUACAAUUGAUCAGUUACUCUUUCUGUCUGCCUCUUCAACUCAGCUUUCUUCAGGGUUUUGUAUUAUCAUUCAUCUUAAGCAUCCUGCUGGAGAGAUGGCAGACACAUACACAAUACCCCACAUACCUACACAGCUAUGCAACAUGCAAUGAGGCUAUAGCUCAGUUGAAUUCCGAUUCUUUGCAGUAGCCGUGAUCGUAUCAGGAUUUGUAAUUGCAUAUUAGUGACUCUUCAGUAAUGGGAGGUGUGCUUAGGAUUUGGGGCCUUGGAGAAAUUCACACCGAUUGCAAGCAGCAGAGCAUUAUAUAGAUCCAGUUCCCACAGAAGUCACUAGUUCACGAUUCUAAAGUCGCCAUAAACUUAUCUCAAAUCACCUUUCUAGGGUCAGGGACAUUUGUUCUGGAAUACUGCACAGCUUUCCUGGUGACGAUAUGAGUGGUCUAUUAUUUUCUAGGUCUUCUCAUGUGCAUACACAAUUUAAAUUCGGUGCUCGAAAUAAAUACAGAUCAAUAAAGUAUACACACAUUUUCUUCAUUUGUUUCAAUUGGCAUGCUUUAUUCUGAACAUGGAUUUGAGUUUCUGCAUAAACGUUUGGUGAGGAAUGACGGGAUAACAAAGGGAAAGUGCAGACUGAGGUGCCGAAUGGGAGAGAAUAAAUCGAGUGCCAACAAGUCAGACUGCAGGAAACUGAAGCUCCUCUUUUUGACUGGGUAAUUUCACAGCGCUUCCUGCCAGUUUUCAAACGUAUGUUUUGCUUUUAAAAGGGGGAGCAGGAGCUGAGAUCCUCAGGAACCCAAAACACCAAUAUUUGUGCACACAGAUUUACAGAAAAUAUGAGGACCUGAGUAGAUGGUUCCGUUAGAAGGCUGAACAUCUUAAAUUGCUGCUUAACAACCAAUUUUUUGUUCUUCAGGUGUCACAGCUGCCUUUACUGGUGAGCAAAGAGCUCUCCUUAGUUCUGUGGAAUUAAAAGAAUGGUUGCAAAUCUUCACUGACCAAAUGAUGGGUUCUGGUUGAACAGGGAAAGGACCAGGAAGGCCUGGUCCGUGUGACACAGGAGGCUGCCUUGCUUGAAUGGUGCUCAAAAUGUAAUAAUGCACCAUUCUAAAGAGGAAUUUUUGUAACACAUUUGGAAAGGAUGCAACUUUUAUCUAAAAUCUUGCAAAACAUAAUUAGCACCUGGUGACAGUUUUCCUAAUCUAGUAGCAUGUUGCUCUUCGAAAGUACAUCAGGUCGAUAACAUGCCUAUUGCAAUUGUAAGUUUCUCAGAGAACUGUGGGCAAAAAAGGUUAGGAAGUACUAAGCAUAUGAUCUCUGAAAUUUUAUUUGUAACUGCUCUCUCUGUUCUCUAGAUCCUUAAAAGUAACUGAGUGCAUUGGAAUUUUUGUGAUUACAUUCUGGUGAUGUGUAGCUGAUGUACUAAUGUUCAGUUGAGCUAGGAUCAUGGUAACAAGUGUGGUUUUUUAUUAUUUUAACUGUUGAGAAAUAACUUAAAAUAUAAAUAUAAGAUUAAGAUGUGAACCCAA